ACACUCAAAUGGUCACUGAGAUUUGUCAAUCGCGCAGCUGUGUCUUAUCAUAUGUGAAUUGGAGCAAUAGUGUUUUUUUGUAACGCUAUACGCGCAGCUGUUACUUUACCACAUUUUAGCCUUUGUAAUUAUGUUUAUUUAAGUGUUUUUAUGAGUUUUCAAUAUUGUGGGAAUUUCUGUUAGAAAAAGAACUUUAUUUUUGUGAUUGUGAACUGUUACGUGAAGUAUUUAUAUUAUGGAUACUGAAAAUCAAGUUCAACAGUACGGAGAGGUUAAUCAACUAGGUGGGGUUUUUGUGAAUGGAAGACCUCUUCCAAAUGCAGUGAGGCUGCGCAUAGUGGAAUUGUCUCAAGUUGGAAUAAGACCUUGCGACAUUUCCAGGCAGCUUAGGGUGUCCCACGGCUGCGUUUCGAAAAUUUUAGCAAGGUAUCAUGAAACUGGUUCUAUUUUACCCGGAGCGAUAGGUGGAUCGAAACCUCGGGUAACUACACCAAAGGUUGUAGCAUACAUAAAAAAAUUGAAACAAAAAGACCCUGGAAUAUUCGCGUGGGAAAUCAGAGACCGACUCCUCUCAGACGGCGUUUGCGACAAAUAUAACGUACCUUCUGUUAGUUCAAUCAGCAGGAUACUUAGAAAUAAAAUUGGAAGUUUAGUACACUCCCAACCAUAUACUCAUCCCUCAUACAGCACAAUCUACCCAACGUACACAUAUCCGCAGCAAAAGCUAUCUCCACCACCCUCCCAGAGGCAUGGUACUUCUCAUUGUUGGCCAAGUUCUCAUUCAGUUACUGAUAUUCUAGCUGGAGUUCAAGCAGCCAGUUAUAGAAGAUCUCAUGGAAACACACAAGCCCCACCUUUGCCUGAUUUAUUAGCAGGAGUUCAAGCAGCUGGAUACAGAGGCUCUCACGGCAAUCCUCCCGCUCCACCGUUACCUGAUGUUUUACAAUCUGGGGCUUCCCCAACAGGCGUCGAUCAUUUUUCCCAGAACUAUAAUUAUUACAUGUACUUUCAAUCAGGAAAUACCGCUGCUAUGCAUAUGGUGAAUGGUAUAAAUAGCGGCAUGGGACCUCUUCCUCUAACAGGAUCGCAGAUGUGAAUCUAAGAUACAGAGUUCCGCUCUAAAACGAUCUACUUCAAAAUGAAUCUGAUAGGGAGUGUAAUAAACAAAGCGAGAGAAUUUAGUGGUUUUUCUAAAUCGCAAGGACGAUAAGUGGACUACCAGUAUUACGUAUUUUAUCAACUACAGCUAAUAUCACAAGUAUUUAUGCAGCACAGAAGGAUCUAGAACACUAAAAAUAAUAUCCCCAGCAAUAGCGAGCUUUAUUUCAAAAAAAAUUUCAAUAAUCAUAUUUUCUUAUUCAAUUAUUUAUAACUUAUAUAUGCGUUUGACUUUAUGUGCAUUUAUAUUUAUUUCUUUUCUAAGAACAGUGAUCUUUCUAGUGUUAAGACUUGUCUACGAAGUGAUAACAGCGAGAAAUUGUUGAGCACAACAGAAUAUAAUGAGAAAAUUAUAAUUAUCACCUAAUUAAGUUUACAUCCUAUUCAGCUGCUUAAUCAGUGAACUGUGAUUUUCAAUCGUUGAAAAUAAACGGUUUAAGUAACGUGCAAUUAUACAUUCAUCAGGUGCUGAUCGCUAGACGAGUAAAUAUGUUGUCAUGGCAUAAAGCGAGCUAGAAAAAGAUAUAUUUUUAUUUAUUAUUCACUAGCAAUAUAAAAUAUAUCGAAGAAAUACGAGGUUGGUCCAUCAAAUAAGGUUUCCAAGGAGCUGCGGACGCUAAGAACGCUGUUAAGCAGGAUUUGGUGAAACUAGAGUCUAUUUUUGCUUCCUCUCUCCCAGUUUUCGCCCCGACGAGCUGUCUACAAAAUUCAUUAUCAUUUUGGUAGCUUCCAUUUAAUUCUCACGCCAAUUAAUUCGUUUUUUGUGUACAAAAAACAUUCCUCCGGUGGACAUUCAUUCCCAAUCAUGUGAGGUAUAUGGGGACAAGUGUGCAGCAUGUGCGCAAAAGGUGCAGAGAAUUCAUAGUUGGAUGUAAAGAUUCGAAUGGAAUACUAUCCCUCACAGCCCAGACUUAUCCCCCAGUGUUUACCGUUUCUUCCCCGAAUUAAACAAACUCUUGGGAGGGAUGCAUUUCACAGCUGACUCAUGCAUAAAGAAUACGGUGGACCACAUGCAAAAAUGCAUUGAUCAAAAUCUAAACUUUCCAAACAUGUAUUGUUCAAUACCAAUGAACAUGUUGUUUUUCAUUGUGAAAAUGUUCCCAUGUGGGAACUUUAAUGAAGGAAACACUAAAUAAAUGUUUUCGGGAAAAUAUUGGAAGAACUAGCUGGUUUCCCAGAUUGUUUCACCAUGACCUUCUUGUAAAAGUGUAUUCUCCUUUUAUAUAUUUCUGCAUCUUCAGUUUCUUUCAUUUCGUGCUGUACUUUUUUUGUUUCGCUCUCAUCUGUAAUCCCGCAAUUCCACCAAAGUGUUUCAAACUUUUGUUAUAAGCAUUUUUCAUUAUAAACCCACAGGCUUCUAAAUAACUUAUGUAUACCCCUUCAAGAAUUCGAUGGCUAUUUUGUGAUACAAAAAUGCAAAAUUCGAAAUGUCAACUUUUCUUGUACGCCCAGAGUGGUGACUAGAAACGCAUUAGUUCUGACUAUUUUUCAAUAAAACUCACUCGCCAAGAAAUUUCCAUCGAAGAAUCCACUGAUGCAAAGACAAAACUAAUUAGGUAUGUUUUGUGGUUGCAAGGUUCCUGUUUACAAACCUUUGAGUAUUGGUGAUGUAAAGUUUUAGGUACGUAUAUAUAGCAACUUUUGUUUUGGUACUAUUGUCUAACAUAUUCAAUAAUGAGAUUUAUACUUUGGAGAAGAAGUGACGAAUAAUUUUCGUUUGCAACUUCAAUUGUUCAAUUACUCGUUUUUGUUACCAGCUCCGCUUCUAAUUAAAACAAGCUUGUGACAACACUGUGUAUGCCAAAUGUACUGUCGACUACUAGUCCAAAAAAUUUGUCAGUUGACAGGUGACAUUUAUAGUUUUACUCACAAUGUAUUUUGUUGUGCAUCGGAUCAGGUUUUCGAAAUCCAUUUACCCAUUUUUGAAACAAUUCUGCGUCUGAGGGACUAAACAAAAAAGUUUAAAACUGUUGGUAACUAUUUUAUUUAUUGUUCAUUUGAAUGUUUGCUUUAAAAGCUUUAAAUUAUUAUUUAAUUAUUUGUACAAAACAAUAAGGUUAAUUAGUUUUAAGCAAAGUAGAGUGUGUUGAUUUGUAGAGGUGAUAGGAAAGUAAAAAGCUGAAUAUAUGAAAUUGUUGAAAUUUGUAUGUUAACAGUUAUUAGCUACAUACAAGAUGGCUAGACUGGAAUUUAGUAGAAAAAUUAACAGGAUAUAUUUCACAAGUGCUUGGACCUGUUAAUAUUUUUAUGUAUAAACUCUUUUCGAGGAAGACGGAUGCGUGCAUCGAGUGCACGUAAGUCGAGCGCACCGUGGUUCAAGUGCAUAGAUGAUAUAGGAGAGUGCAUCGAGCGCACAGAUUAUAUAGGAGAGUGCACAUUUGCAUGUAUAUGAUGGCAUCUUCAAUCCCUGUAUUUAGUUUGAAAUGUUUAUUACCGUAAAUAAAAGAAUAAAAAAUUAUAAGAAAUUAACAAA